AUGGAAAACAAUUUGACACAACCUGUUCAAGCAGCUGAACAUGUUUUAUCACUAUGCAAAGCUUUCAAUGAUGUACAAGCAACAAUAGCAAGGGAUCUGCAUAAGUUUUCUACGUGGCAAGCUCCCCCGGAUGGGUUUCUCAAAGUAAAUGUAGAUGGUUCAAUUUUUGCUAAUCUGAGGAAAGCUGGAGUUGGGAUUGUCCUACGAGAUACAAGUGGAGGAAUUGUGAUGGCUGCAAGCAAGAAUGAGUUAGAAGUGGAUGAGGCAGUCACAAUUGAAUUCAUUGUUGUGUUGAGAGGGCUACAGCCAUGCCUCCCACUUGGUAUUCCAAAUUUAAUUAUUGAAAGUGACUGUCUUAACGUGGUUCAGGAGCUGCAAUCCACAAAAGAUUUGUAUGCAAGUGCUGGUAAUUUCAUCAAAUGA